GUUGUAACUAAAGAUCCUAAAGCACAAGCCUGUGGACUGAAUGGUAAAAGGAAGGAACAGCUGCCUCUGAGCUUGCAUGUGAGAGAAGGCAGGAAAGGAUCUGGCCACAACUGUCUGAGGCUUUGCAAGCGAGGGAAAAAAGAAGAAAAGAAAGGAGGAAUGAGCUGAGCACGGAGGACUCAAACUCACCCCCCACCCCCCCAUACCCAACUUGGACAGCAAAGAAGGGACUGCAAACGUGGUGAGGCUACAUCCCAAGAGCCUCUAUCCAGAGAGGGAGCAGGCUGAAGAAGAUACCUUCUAGCAUCCUUCUCCGAUCCCUGGAGUCAGGACCCUGAGCAUGGAGGACCUGGGGUAUGACGACAGCAGUUAUUUUGACAACCAGACUAGUGACUGUGAGUACACAGAGUGGAGUCCAUCCCUGACCCUCAUUCCCACCAUUUACCUGCUGGUCUUCCUUCUGGGCACCUCGGGCAAUGGAUUGGUGCUGUGGACCAUCUUUCGGGGGGGCCGCGAGAAGCGGCGCUCAGCCGACACCUUCAUUGCCAACCUAGCCAUGGCUGACCUGACCUUUGUAGCCACACUGCCAUUGUGGGCUGCCUACACCUGCCUGAAUUAUCACUGGCCCUUUGGCACCUUCGCUUGCAAACUUAGCAGCUAUCUGGUCUUUGUCAACAUGUACGCCAGCGUCUUUUGCCUAACAGGACUCAGCUUUGACCGCUAUUUGGCUAUUGUACGGCCAAUGGCUAGCACCAAACUGAGAUCACGGGCCAGUGGGCUGGUGGCCACCAUCACCUUGUGGGUCUUGGCGGCUAUGUUGGCCCUGCCUGCCUUGAUCCUCCGUGAGGCAGCCAUGCUACGUGGGGAGGACAAGAUCACUUGCUACAUGGACUACUCAAGUGUGGUGGCCAAUGGGACUGAGGGGGCAUGGGAGGUGGGGCUGGGCCUGUCCUCCACACUGCUGGGCUUUGUCAUUCCUUUUGCUGUCAUGCUGACCUGCUACUUCUUCAUUGCACGCACCAUUGCUGGACACUUUCGGAAGGAACGCAACGAGGGGCUACAAAAGAGGAAGAGGCUGCUGACCAUCAUCAUUGUGCUGGUGGUCACUUUUGCUGUCUGCUGGUUGCCCUACCACCUUGUGAAGACUAUAUAUGUGCUGAUGGACCUGGAGGUGAUGCCCUGGUCCUGCAGUUUCCACACCUUCCUCAACAACUUCCACCCUUACUGCACCUGUGUGGCCUACAUCAACAGCUGCCUGAAUCCCUUCCUCUAUGCCUUCUUUGACCCCCGCUUCCGGCAGGCUUGCACCACUGUCCUGGGCUGCAGCCAGGGCCGCUGGUCAGGCUCUGGUGGGGAUAAAUCAGCCAGCUACUCCUCUGGCCACAGCCAGAACCUUCCAGGGAAGGGUGGGGAGACACAGAGAGAGAAGGUGAGCCCAGACACUCAUGAUACGCUGGUUCGGGGCUAAGAGUAAGCCUGCUACCAGGGACAAGUAGAGCCAGACCCAUCUUUUCCUCCUCAUUCUCCCUUCCCACCUUCUGUUCUUCACCCUCACUCCAUCUCAGCUUCCUUCAUUUGUCCUUCACCUUCCCUUUCAUGAAUUCUCCUCCUCUUUCCCAGGUUUUCCUCUCCAUUUCUCUCCUCUCUCUCUUCCUCCAUCUUUCUCUCUCUUUCUCCCAUUCUCCCUCUCUUCCUCUGUUGCAGGGCUGGUAUGGAUAAAGUUCCAAAGUCAUGCUGAAUCUCUCUUUGACCUAGCUUAUAGCUAGGGACAGAGGUUAGCUGAGGUGAAGCCCUCUCUCCCUGCUCUGGAGAGGUUUCAGCAUGAUUUGCUGUCUGUUUCUCAGUGGCACAGCUUUUGGGGCAUGGGUGGGGAGGUUGGAGGAUACCCCAUAUCAUCCCACUCUGAUCUACCUCUUUCUCUAGAGUCUAGACCUUGCUUUUGCAACCCCUGCUGUGCUCUGAGGCUGAACAGAAUGGUUAGUGCUGCUGCCUCUCCUGAAAGCCUUGCUCCUGGCCCUCUGGAAAUUCAUUGUACCUUUAGAGGUUGGAUGGAGGAAGAUGUGGGGCUGCAGUCCCUUCUUUCACCCCCAAUGUAACUGUCUGCCUUCUUUCUCGAUUUAGUAGCGGGAAGUAAAGGUCUGAGAAGCCUUGAGCGAAGAACUCGCCCUGUGGUUGUGCGUUGGGAGGAGUAGAUAUAAAAGCCUCCCCCCUUCCCCUAAGUGGAGUCUGAUGAGGUGACCCUUGUGCCCCAUACCCUCUCAUAUGGAUGGCAGGGGCACUUUUGGAAAUGUGUAUCAUAUACCGCUUUGCUUUGUAACCUGCCCCCAGUAGCUCUUGCCAUCAGUAGGUCUCAAUGUUCUUUACAAAAAACAGUAACAUUGCCUGGUAGCAGACAGGCAAACUGGGGGGGGGGGAGGCAAAAUGACAUCACCAAGAUCAUGCAGCUGUUCAUUAGUGCAUACAGGAUGAGACCUCAGCUCUACCCACUAGGGACUAGGCUACACUGUCAGCCUCUUGCCAUACCCUAGGGCCAGUGGGCUACAGGAGGAGCUUUGACUGUGUGUCUCGCUGCAUGCAUCAAGAAAGGGCCGGGGGCAAGUAUUGACUGGAGAGGAGCCAGGAGCCCCAAAAGUAUGGGGCUUGAAGUCUGUCAUGGCACCAGGACUGUUUGGACCUCUAUAUGCUGCCUGUAUUCUAAGGACUGUGCCAGAGCAAGGUCCAGGAGAAUCAGAGGGGUUGGGGGAGGAGGGGGAGCAUUCAAUCCAUGAGACUGUGGAUGGGUGGACUGUGGGAGUAUAUUCUCUGAGCUUCCCAGCAUGUGGGGAACAGAGAAGCAUCUUUAUUGUUGUUGAUCACCUGACAGAGAGCAUGUCUACAAGAGGGGCCAGACCCAUCAGAACCAAACCCCAGUGACAUCCGAACUCAACCACAGCACCUGCUGGUCAAGGUUUCAGCGCAGAGCAUUUCCCUUUGUGUUUAUCAUUUCCCUCCAGGUCUCAACCUCCACAGUUUGGUGAGAAAGGCCCUGGCCCCUCCGGCCGGGUAUGGGGCUUGUGUUUCCAUCCUGUGGGAGAAGAAGGUUGUGACCUGCAGUGAGAUCUCCAGCACCUGACUCUGGCCAAACUAGCUUUUUUGGUGGUCCUAUUCAUGGGAGCAUCUCAGAAACCGCAACUUUUGUUUGGGCCAUCCCAUCAGAGCUUUGAAUAAUAGGUUCCCCGCUUAGAGUAAGGGGCUCUCACUGAGAGCAGGAUCACUGGCAUGCUAAUACAAUAGACUUUUUAUGUGUAAAAAAUAAAGGAA